CCAGGAAUGACCCCACUAUGUGAAAAUACUUACAGGAAGAUCCGACAAAAAGGAUUACUUUCUCAAUUUUAAACCAGAUAUCCUUUCAUGAAUAGCUUGUUUAAAGAAAUAUCACCGAAUAGUUCUUCAGUGUAUGCUGCUUUAAGAGUAGAAAUCAAAAGGAUCGCUAAUACAUAGCAGAUGAAAAAAGAAAGAAAAGUGACAUAUUAUCAGCACUGAUUAUUUUGUAUGAGAAAAGGUGAACUGAAAAGGUGGAAAGAGACACAAGAAUGUCAGAAAACGAAAGGAAGAGUCAAGGAGUUCCCAAAGAAGCUCUGGCUAAACAAGACACAUCUUCAUUAACCGAUGCUGUAGAACAAGUUGCAAAGCAACAGCAAUCACAAACAUCAGAAAUAGAAAGAAACAGAAAAGUUCUGUUCCGUUUGCAGAAUGAACUUCAUGAGCUUCAAACACAAAUAGCAUCUGUCUCUGCAGAAACUAAAGAAACAGAAAGGCAAAUUUAUCAGCAAGAUGCUGCCAUACAGAAAACCAGACUUCACUGUGGAGACCUGGAAAAUCAAAUCAAAUCCUUACACGCAGAAAAUGUGAAGCUUAAAUCUGACAUAGAAACAGCCCAAGAAAAUUUUGAGGAACAAAUGAUAAAAUAUAAUGAAUACUAUGCCAAGAUAAAAGCACAUAAAGAUAGUUUGAGAGAGGUAGAGAACAAAUGGUCAUUCAUGACUGAACUCAAUGAGAAACGAGACCUUGUUAAAAAACUAAAGACAAUGAAAGAGGAACUUAAGCUGGAUCUCCAAAAUCCAGAAGGAAACCUGAUGAGACAAGCACAGGAAGAUAUUACAAAACUGAAGGAUGAAAUUACAAGUGUAGAAGAAUCCAUCAAUGAACAAACUUGUUUUCUUGAGGAAGAAAUAAAGACACAUGAAAAAUUAAGAAAAGAAAUAGAGGUACAACAUAAAAGAUACAGUGCAAUUCUCAAGCGUUUGCACUGUCAGGUAAACAAGCUUCACUCAAACAGAAGACAGUGGCAAUGGAGCAUCCAACAGCUGGAGAAAACCGCCGCUGAACUGAGACGACGUGUUGGAAUGAGAGACUAGCGUGGCUAUAGCGUGUCGUAGAGCACACACUAUGCCAGAAAAAUUAUGGGAUAGAAGGGUGAGAAAACCCUUUGUGUCUUAACAGCAGCAUCCACCAUCAAGGGGUUGUCUUAAUGACAGAUAUAUUUUCUCCUUUUUUGAGUCAGUCAUCUUUUUGUUAAAGUUCCUUCCAACUCUAUAAUUGAUAGCAAUAGAGAGACAGUAGGAAGGCUCACAGAAUAGUGAAAGACUCUGUAUAAUUAUUUUGAUUGUAUAAGAUAUCCUGAACUCAUCAAUGCCUAUUUAUAAACAUGUUGCCUUCACUAUUAUAUGAAGCUAACAUUUAGAAGAAAAGAAGCACUUGAAUUUUCAAUGGUUUGAAUUUGUAAGAUAUUUUAAAUGGUUGUCUGUUUCAGACAACCUGCUUUUUGACCUUGGCUUCAAAGAAGUCCAUAAAUAUUGACAUUUAUUAUAAUGUUGUUAUGUAUUCAAGGCUUUCGAUAUUUACUUAGUUUUCUCUUUUAUCCAGAAGGUAACAAUC